AUGGGUGGCCCCUUCAAAUUCCUGAGGAGCAUCUACGACCUCGACAACCUUGACACUCGCUUCACGAACUCCUCUUCUGUUCCCUACAAGACCGUCAUCGAGGCGCGAACGGAUCCUGCGCAGAGCAAAGAACCGUCGAGCAAAGCUCAGAGUCGAGCACAGCCAUCAAAAUGGAAAACACCAGAGUUCUCCUGUUACCUACUCAUUAUCGCCUGCCUGUUGCCAUACAUGUUUUGGGUUGCCUAUGAUGUGUCAAGGCCUUCUGACCCCCGAUACCACAACUACGAGCGCUUCCUAGCCGACGGCUGGAUCCCAGGGCGUAAGAUUGAUAUUUCCGACUCGCAGUAUAACACUUUCCGCCGAAACCUUCCCGCCAUGGGCUUCCUCUUAAUCUUCCAUCCCCUCCUCCGCAAGCUGUGGAACGCCGUCUUCCCGGUCCCCGCGGACUUGCAUAAGAAGUCCGUAACAGAACAAGGCGAUGCUCGUCUCGAGCAGCGCGCUUCCUUUGACUACCGCUUCGCCCUCGUUUUCCUCGUUGCCCUGCAUGGCUUCUCUGCCCUCAAGGUCCUCACCAUUCUUCAUAUCAACUACCAGCUUGCCACGCGCCUUCCGCGCAGGUACGUCCCUGCCGCCACAUGGAUCUUCAACGUCUGUAUGCUCUUCGCCAACGAGAUUUGCAAGGGGUACAAAUUUGCCGCCAUCGCGCAGUUUAUUACCCCGCCGCCGGCGAACAAGAGUGUGCUGGAGGAUGACCCCUUCCUCGUGCGAUGGGGCGCCUGGAUGGACUCCUAUGGCGGGCUGAUGUCGCGGUGGGAGGUCCUCUUCAACAUCACCGUCCUCCGCCUCAUCAGCUUCAAUUUGGACUAUUACUUCAGCCUCGAACAGCGCGGCGGAAGCGCAUUAGAGAAGAAGCAGCUCGACCCCGCGAAUCUCUCGGAACGGGACCGCCUCGCCAUUUCCGCCGCUCCCCAAGACUACUCCUUUCGCAACUACCUCGCGUACGCAAUCUACGCGCCCCUCUACCUUGUCGGGCCCAUUAUGACCUAUAACGACUUCAUCUCCCAGCUCCGCCAUCCUUCCGUCUCUGUAGAGACCGGCCGCACUUUCCGUUACGCCGUCCGCUUCGUCCUCGUCCUGCUCGCGAUGGAGGUUAUCCUCCACUACGAUUACGUCUGUGCCAUCUCCAAGGCGGGACCCAACUGGUCCUCCUACACUCCUGCUCAGCUCUCCCUGUUGUCCUACUUCAACCUCCACAUCAUAUGGCUGAAGCUCCUCCUCCCCUGGCGCCUUUUCCGUCUCUGGGCUCUCCUCGACGGCGUCGACCCGCCCGAGAACAUGCUUCGCUGUGUCUCGAACAACUGGUCGCCAAGGUCCUUCUGGAAGGCCUGGCACCGCUCAUACAACCGCUGGCUUAUCCGCUACAUCUACAUACCCCUCGGCGGCGCAAACUUCCGCUCUUGGACCACCACUGUCCGGUCUAUUGCUACCUACCUGCUGGUCUUCACUUUCGUAGCUCUCUGGCAUGAUAUCCGCCUGCGCCUGCUCAUCUGGGGCUGGCUCAUUGUUCUCUUCCUUCUUCCCGAGGUCGUCGCAGGGCUCCUCUUCCCCGCCAGGAAGUGGGAGAACAGACAGAGGGAGUACCGGUGGCUGUGCGGUGCGGGAGCCGUUGCCAACGUGCUCAUGAUGAUGAUUGCCAACUUGGUCGGCUUCGCGGUUGGUUUGGACGGUCUGCAGAGCAUUAUCCACGGCAUCUUGCAUGAGUGGUCAGGUGUGCUAUUCUUCAUCACUGCAUGCUCGGCACUGUUCGUGGGCAUCCAAGUCAUGUUUGAGAUCCGCGAGUCGGAGUUGAGAAGGGGCAUCUCGCUGAAGUGCUGA